UUGGCAACCAAAAUGGUUUGGAAAAAUCAAAUUAAAUGAAUUUUCUUGUGUUCAAAUUUUCCAAGUUGGACGGUUCGACCAGAUUUUGAGGUCAACAGUUGUAACAGUCGUCAUUUUUAAUAAUAAAAAAAUUCAGUUCAUGUGGAGAAUGCAAGAGAGUUUCAGUUUCAACCAGGCACCAUCAAAAUCCAAAGUGAAAGGAGCAAAAGGAGAGAUUAUAGAAGUUCAUGGAGGCCGGGUUGUUCGAUCCACCGGAGGAAAAGAUAGGCACAGCAAAGUUUGCACUGCAUCGGGCCUGAGGGACCGCCGGGUUAGACUAUCACCAAAUACUGCAAUUCAAUUCUACGAUGUGCAAGACAGGCUUGGCUAUGACCGUCCCAGUAAAGCCAUUGAUUGGCUCAUGAAGGAAGCUAAAGCCGCCAUUGAUGCACUUGAUGAAACGCCAUUGAUGAGAUCAACGGUCCAAGAAGAUCAGUCCCCAAAUCUGAAGAUCCAUCAAGAAAGUAAUUAUUUGAACAAAGAAGACGACCCCAUUUGCAGUUUGAGUUUCUUUUCAAUGAAAAAUCAUGCUACACAAUCACCUUCUACUGAGUUUCAGGCCUACACUAAUGACGAGUUUAACUCGAAUCUUUACCCUAGUUAUCAACAAGGAUUCGUUCCUUCCAUAAAUCCUUCACGUUUGGAUACAAAUAUGGAAAUUUCUAAACUCCAAAGAAUUUUCGCUUGGAAUCAUGCCAGUGCAAAUUCUAGCAAUUCAAGAGUAGGCGUAGCAGAAUCUUUUAUAAACUCACUGCAAGAUUUAGGCCAAAAUCAGAUCUUUUCUGAGAGGGAACCCCUUCAGUCCAGUAUAAAUUCCCCUCCAGUUUACAGUCCAUUGAGAACCCCAAUCACUGCCGUUGGAUUUGCUCAAGAUUUAUCAAAAAUAUCUACACCAUUUCAAGAACCAGAGGAUAAGAUCCCAGUUUCCAGCAAGCAAUCUGCUACAAGUACUACUACUUUUCUGCAUAAUGAAUCCUAGCACCAUUAUGGAAGUCUUCUUCUUGCAUGGAGGGACUUCAAGAAUUACAUUAAAAUUGCAGCAGUUUCUUUUCAGAUUACAAGAAAGCAAUUAGAUUUUUCAAACCGUAGAAUAUAUAAUUGCUUUGCUUUGAUCUAAUUGUCUGUUAAUCUGUGAUGUCUGUCAUUAAUUCCAUCAAGUUUUAUGUUAUAUUAAUUGCAAGCUUGUUACAUUC